GCCUAAAAACCCUAAUCCAAUUUUCUUUCAUUUUCUAAAGUUAAUUUGUGGGCGGGUUUUUGUUUAAUUUAAUUUUAGUGUUUUUUGGAAAGAACUUUUUAGAGUCACUUUUGAUUGCUCUCUUUUGUGUUUGUUUGGCUUUCUUUCCUGAUACGGGGGACUGAUGAUUUCCAAUCCCUCUUUUUCCUGUUCAAGCUUGGAGUUGAAGGUUGAGUGAAUGAGUGAAUGAGAUACUUUGGUAUUAGAGAAGAAGAUUACAUUACCCCCAUCAUUCUUUGAUGAUGGAGAUUGGUCACUCUUUUGACCAGAAACAAAAAAAGAGAUUGAUAAAGCAAAUAAUGGAGAAAAGUUGUCCCCUUUGAUAUUCUUUCUUCUGCUAUUGAAAGAUAGUGAAAGCAAGAAAUACUCUUCCUCCUCUUAUUACUACUAUCUUUUUCAUUAUCCUUUUCUCUCCCGCACGCUUCUUAUUGUCCUCGUGUUGGUGAUGGGUCUUUGAGAUUUUUGAGUGGUCUUUGUGUGUGAGCCAGUUCUGUCUGUCUGUCUUUGUGUAUUUCCACAAAAGGGUGUUCCGAAAUGCGGAUGUACCAGCCAGAUCUCGAUGUGGGUGGUGGUGCGCAGGUGCUAGAUCUGGAAACUGCAGUCAAGGAUGGCAUUUUGGGAGGCGGCGGUGGCGCAAUUUGUGGUGGGGGUGUUGAGAAACUGGAUCUGAAGAAGAUGAUUGAAGAGCUUGAACCGGUUGAUGUGCCUUCCUUGUUCAUUUGCCCAAUCUCAUUGGAGCCAAUGCUGGACCCGGUGACCCUUUGUACUGGCCAGACAUAUGAGAGAUCCAACAUCCUCAAAUGGUUGUCUUUAGGUCAUUACACUUGCCCUACAACAAUGCAGGAGCUCUGGGAUGAUUCCAUAACGCCAAACAAGACUCUCCAGCAGCUGAUGUAUAGCUGGUUCUCACAGAAGUAUCUUGCAAUGAAGAAGAAAUCGGAGGAUGUGCAAGGAAGGGCCAUGGAGCUUUUGGAGUCCUUGAAGAAAGUCAAGGGCCAAGCCAGAGUUCAAGCUCUUAAAGAGCUUAGACAGGUUGUCACUGCACAUACUACUGCGAGAAAGACGGUAAUGGGUAAUGGUGGUGUUGCUUUAAUUUGUUCUUUGUUGGGUAAUUUCACUAUGCAUUCUGUUGGGUCAGAGGCAAUUGGGAUUCUUGUGAAUUUGGAUCUUGAUUCUGAAUCAAGGUUGAAUUUGAUGCAACCCCAGAAAAUUUCCUUGAUGGUUGACAUGUUGAAUGAGGGAUCAAUUGAGACAAAAAUCAAUUGCACUAAAUUGAUUGUGAUGUUAAUAAAAGGUAAGGAUUCUGAGGCACAGAAUGUGUCAAGCUUGAGUCUUUUGGUUGGGUUAAUGAAAUUAGUCAAGAAUAAGAAACACCAGAAUGGGGUUUCAGCUGGACUAGAUUUGUUGAAGACAAUUUGUUCACAUGAGCCAUCAGUUGGGAGCUUAAUUGUAAGCAUAGGUGUGGUUCCUCGAUUGGUCGAGCUAUUACCAAAUUUGAAUAAUGAGUGUUUGGAGUUAGCCCUGUAUAUUCUGGAGGUCCUUUCAACCCUUCCAGAGGGUACAGUGGCAUUGAAAGAUUGUCCUAACACAAUAACUAAUAUGAUGAAGUUGCUGAUGGGAGUCACAGAGAGCUGCACUCAGUCUGCCUUAUCGAUAUUAUUGGGCGUUUGCAAGCUUGCCCCAGAAGAAAGUGCUUCAUUAGUGGUUGAGGCCGGUCUUGCAGCAAAUCUACUUCUUGUAAUACAAAGUGGUUGCAGUCCCGUAUUGAAGCAACAGUCGGUGGAGCUCUUAAAGUUGUGUACUUUAAACUACGCUGGUACUAUCUUCAUUUCGAAAUGUGAGCUUACGUGAAUGAUACCAUGAAGUAAUGGAAAUCUUGCUGAUGUGAUGCGAAUAUGCGAUACAACGUUGAAUUCCUUGGCCCAUGGCGGGAAGGGCAUGAGAGGGCUCCUCGGGUUGGAUGGGAUUUGAGAUAGAGCAAGGACAUUGGGUUUCUGAGCUAUGUACAUGUAUAGCGUACGUUAAUCAAGGACCUUUUGUUCAUUCAUCUGGUUUCACUUGAAGAAGCUGUGCAAAGCGAAAUUGAAGGAUUAUGCAAAGCUAUUUGCAUAUUCCAUAUGAAUCAACCUACAUUCUUUUUUGGAGCUGCCUAUCAUUCUUAAAUUGAAGUUUUGUGAUUCGUACAACCCCCCCGUAUGUUCUAAUGGUGAGCAAUGGUUAUUUGGUUGUGUGAUUCAUAUCUCCCGUCUGGUUUUUAAUGAUUGCGACUUUGGGUGGUGAUAACACGGCGAUGGGACGUGGAAAGGAAGUUCUCAUCGGAUGUGUUAGAAAAUUGUGUAAUUUGUAGUGAAAGUUGGUUCCCCUGUUUCAUUGAUACCUACCUUACCUUUCAAUCAUUUUUGUAAUUUUAUCCUGAGUUAAGCAUUGCAGAGUUUGUAGAGCUUUCUGAACUUUGAAUGUACAGUUGUGUAUACAUUUCUCAGCUAAUUCAAUAUAUCAAUUUCAAGUUUAGAACC